AUGCUCUUUGUUGAGGACACCAUCCGUGCCUUAUUCAGGAAGUAUGAAACAUCAGCCAAGUCUGUCAUCCGACGAAACAUCCAGAUAGUUCACAACUCAAACCAGAUCAAUCCUUCAAUCCAAGAACACUUUAAAAGGAAGUAUGAGUUGAUCAUAGCUAGGAUAGAGGAUAAUCAAAGGUUCCUUAAUUGGUUAUUAUCUGAACCAGGAAGCGAUGUCGUCGAGAAACAUAAUGUGGACAGUCAUAACAGUACCCCAGCGCUAUCAUCAACAACAACAACAACAUCAAUGUUGGAGACAGAGUUGACUCAGGAUGAAGAGGAAAUGUUUCCAUCGGAAUUCGAUGAUGUAUUGAUGAAGGAGAACAACACUUCAUCAGACAGUUCAAAUGACGAAUCAUACCAAUCUGGCUCAUCUUACCACGAUGGAUCAUCAUUCUCCUACCAGAGUUCAACUUCAUCAUCCUCACCCUCUCCCAAGAAAUCCAAGAGCUCAUCCAAACGUGGAGUUCGAUGGGGACCCAACACCAUCAUUGACAAAGUACUCAAUCUAUUCUUACUAGUUGUCCGUGAUUGGAGUUCAGAGGGACUGGAUGAGCGUGUACAAAGUUACAAUCCAUUUUAUGCGAGUCUGGAAAGGUACUACCCUAGCGUGGAACAACGUCGAGAUAUUAAGGUCAUAUGUCCUGGUGCAGGAAUGGGUCGACUUCCAUACGACAUCUCAAUGCUGGGAUUCCACACAACACUGAACGAGAACUCUCUAUUCCUGAUCGUGGCACUAAAGAGGAUAUUCUCUGGAGGUGUGAAUGAUCUGAACUCUCAGACAUUGUAUCCAUUCAUACAUCAGACCAAGAAUAUCACCGAUGAACAUACGCAGACUAGAAGGAUAUUGAUUCCAGACAUUGCCAUUGGUAGGAAGGAUGAGCCAGGUGCCAAUAUGUCCUUUGCUUAUGGUGACUUUUUCGAUAUAUAUUCACCGCAGGUGUCGCCUGCACUCACGUCGUUGUCGACAACGACUAUCACAUCCAACAACACCAACAUCAACGCUAACAUCAACGCCAACCCCAACACCUCGAACAAGUUCGACUGCAUAUGUUCCAGUUUCUUCAUUGACACUGUUGAGAACAUAUUCACAUUGAUCGAGCGUUUCCAUCUCAUCCUGAACGUCGGCGGACUCUGGAUGAACAAUGGGCCGCUCCACUAUCAUCACGAUGCGCUCACCUCCUUCCAUCUCAACUCAACCGAGUUACUAGACAUUGUUCGGUCCUAUAACUUUGAGAUAUUGGAGUACAAGUUGAUUGAUUGCCAGUACACCAAGAACAAGGACUCCUUGUUCCAAGCGAUAUUUAACUGUGUCUGGUUUAUUGCCAGGAAGAUCAAGUGA